AUGGCCGAUAGGGAGCGCUCGAGGUCCCGCUCGCCUCGGCGAGAUCGCGAUCGCGACCGCGAAAGAGAUAGAGACAGACCAAGAAAGCAAGGAGGUUUUAGAUGGAAGGACAAGAGCCGCAGAGACGACCGCGAUGACCGCGAUGAAAGACGAGGCCUCGAGCGCGGCUACCGCAACCGUUCCCGCUCACCUCGUCGGGACCGAGACAGAGACCGCGACAACGACAGAUAUCGCCCGCGCGACCGUGAUUCGGGACCAAGAGACAGUAGAUCCGGCCCCUCAAGCUCGAAGGACGCGCCAAAACCCAGCAAGAAAGAGAAGCCUGCACCAGCCCCCGCGCCUGCUGCCGGCGGUGAAGAGAUGAUCAUCGUCCACGUCAACGACCGCCUGGGUACCAAAGCUGCGAUUCCUUGCCUUGCCUCGGAUCCCGUCAAGAUGUUCAAGAUUCUGGUAGCGGCUAGAGUCGGUCGGGAGCCACACGAGAUCCUGUUGAAGCGUCAAGGCGAACGACCGUUCAAGGAUCACCUCACGCUGGAGGAUUACGGAGUCAGCAACGGUGUGCAGCUUGACUUGGAGGUUGACACCGGUGAUUAA